AUGCACCCUUUCUCGCUCCUAUACAGUCUUUCUUUUCUCUCCUCUGCUAUCUUUUCCAUACUAUGUUUAAUUCUUGCAUACUCACUUUCUCUUUCCCAUACUCUCUUUAUCAAUCACAUACUCUCUCUCUCCCAUACUCUCUUUCUCGUUCCUAUACUCUCUUUCUCGUUCCUAUACUCUCUUUCUCGUUCCUAUACUCUCUUUCUCGAUAACAUACUCUUUCUGUCUCCCAUAUUCUCUUUCUCUCUCACUCAUACUCGCUUUCUCUCUCCCAUAUUCUCUUUCUCUUUCCCAUACUCUAUUUCUCGUUCCUAUACUCUCUUUCUCGAUAACAUACUCUUUCUGUCUCCCAUACUCUCUUUCUCUCUCCCAUACUCUCUUUUUCGUUCCCAUACUCUCUUUCUCGUUCCUAUACUCUCUUUCUCUCUCCCAUACUUUCUUUCGUUGUCUCUCCCAUACUCGCUUUCUCGGACCCAUGCUCACUUUCUCGAUCACAUACUCUCUUUCUCUCUCCCAAACUUUCUUUCUCUCCCCCAUAUUCUCUUUCUCACAAACUAUUUCUCUCUCCCAUUCUCUCUUUCGCUCUCUCUCACAUACUGUCUUUCUCUCUCUUCCAUACUAGCUUUCUCUUUUCCAUACUCUCUUUCUCGCUCCCAUACUCUCUUUAUUAUUCCAUUGCUCACUUUCUUGAUCACAUACUCUCUUUCUCUCUCCCAUGCUAUCUUUCUCCUUCCCAUGCUCACUUUCUCGAUCACAUACUUUUUCUCUCUCUCUCUCAUUCUCUCUUACGCUCUGUCUCUCUCCCAUACUCUCUUUCUUUCUCUCUCUCUCUCUCUCUCUCCCAUACUCUCUUUUCCUCUCCCACACUCUAUUUCUCUUUCCCACUUUCCCAUACCCUCUUUCUCUCUGUUCCGUGCUCUCUUUCUCUCCCAUACUCUAUUUCAUUCUCUCUUUCGAUCUCCGACAGAUUUCAACUUAUCCCCACCCCCGCACUGA